GCACCUUGUUUGCAUUGGCCUCUCCCGCACCGCUGGGCUAGCCCAGCGCAUGACGAGUCCCGUGGUGGAGGACCUGCGCGCGGCGGCGUCCCAGCUCGGCGAAUCGGGCGUCUGGGACAGCUACUACGACUGCGUCGCGACGCGGCUCGGCUUUAGCGACUACGAGCCACACGAGCUGCUCGGCGCAGUCUACGAGGUGCUGCGGCCGGAGCACGGCGUCGCCGCGCUGUGUGCAGAGUCUGCCGUGAUGUUUGGCGCUCUCCUGCUCACCUUCUUGGGCGUCCACCUGACCCGGCCGAUGUCCUUCUUGCUGGGUGCGCUGAUCGGCAUCGGCGGCGCGCUGCUCCUCGACGACAUCUUCCUGCCGCGCGCCGCAGACUCGCGGAUGAGCUGCGAGACGCUCGAGUCGACGACGCUGCUCGCGGGGCUGCUGGUCGGCGUGGGGAUGCUCGCCUUCCGGAAGGGGCUGCACGUCGCGCUGGGGCUCCUCUUCGGGGAGGUCGCCGGGAACUCCGCGUACGGGCUGCUCGAGAUGCAGUCCUCGCCCGCGGGGGCCGAGGUGCAGCGCACCAUCCGGAUGCUGCUGGCGGUGGUCGGGGCGGUCGUGAUGCUGAUGGUCGGGGACACCUUCUGGCUGUACGUGUCGGCCGUCGUCGGCUCGUGGGUGGCGACGCGGAGCUACGUCGAGCUCUUCCUCGUCACCGAGGAGCCGCGCUACCAGGCCUUCCUCAGGCGCGCCCACCACCGCCCUCCGCCCCUCCUCCCGGCCCUCCGCCCUCCGCCUCCACUUGGACCUCCGCCGCCGCGCACGCGCAGGUACGAGCCCAACUUUGCGACCCUCGCCGGCCACCCCUACUCCUUCUUUGCCGACUUCAUCCACGACCCGUACCUGCGCAGCCCGAUGACGCUCUUCCUGCUGCUCGCCGUCGGCGGAGGGCUCACGCAGCGAGAGGUGUGGCAGAAGUUGCACCGGCGGAACGGGCCGCCGCCCGACCAGCAGGGCGGCACGGCGGCGGGCAAGCCGGCCGGCCUGGCCGGGGCGAAGCCGGCCGGUGGGUACGGGUACGAUCAGCUGCUGCGACGGCGCCCCGCGUAUUACUUUCUUUCCUCGACGCCGCCGCUGCACGCGAGGAAAAAGCCGGCGCCCGCGCGGAAAAAGCGCCUCAUGGCCGAGUGGCAGAAGGGCGACGCCGCCUGGUGCUACAUCAACGACGAUGUCACCUACGAGGCGGGCAAGAUCGUGGAGCUGGGUGAGGACGAUCGCAGCGUGACGCUCAAGCUGGCGUCUGGGAAGACGCUCACGACAGAGCGCGCCAACGUUCUCAGAGCAAACAAAGACAAGCAGGAUGGUACAUGUACCAUGACUUAA